ACUUUAGCACUGACAAAGCUCCAGUCGACACAGCUGGAGGAAGUGUCUCGGGAGCGGGAGUGUUGGAGGAGUUGUCUGGGGAGGGGGAAGCGUCAGAUUCAAGAUGGCGGCUGUGUGUUUUGUUCCAGUGGGGGCAAGGUCGAGGAGAGAGUGGCCUUUAGCGUGGCAAGAAUGACCAAUGACUAUCCAGCCAGAAGCAGCCUCAUCAAAUUCACCAAGAUCAUCACCAACAUAAACGACGUCUACAACACCCAGACCGGACGCUUCAGAUGCACAAUCCCUGGCACAUAUUACUUUGUGUACCACGCCUCGUUGGACGCCAGUCUGUGUGUGAAAAUGAAGCUCGAUGACACUCUUUUGGCUUCGUUUUGUGACCAUCGGCGCAAACGAAAACAGGUGACUUCUGGAGGCCUGGCGGUGUACGUGUCCAAAGACCAGGAGGUUUUUCUGGAGACGUCAGACUACAGAAGCAUGAGAGCAAACCCAUCUGGAUACAGCAUCUUCUCUGGGUUCUUACUGCAGGCCCACUGAACCCUGUAGCACACACAAUACAGUAUACUGCCUUAUUUUUUACCAGCCAAUACAAAUAUUACAAAUAUAUCUGUUUAAUAUGUUGCGCUCAUUUGGCAUCACAAAACUCUGGAACCCCUAUAGUUUACCUUGGAGGGCACAAUGAUAUGGUGGAAUUUGCUGUUUAAAGUGCAUAUGACAGGUUAGACCGCUCAUUUCACUAUUUCUAUUUUGGUGAAGCUUAUUCUUUUAUUUCCUGGUUGAACCAUUGACUGUAUAUAUAAACGUAGGGUGACCAGACGUUCCCAUUUACCCGGGACAGUCCCAGUUUUGAUCCCUGUGUCCCCUGUUCCAGCAGAUUUAUCCAAAAUCAGUGAUUUAUUCCAGUUUUAUACAAGAAAUGCCCCAAGUGACUUUGGUGACUGACCAAGAGUCUGUGGGUUGGACACUGACAGAACAUGUGACACAGUAUGUAGAGGUAAUUCUAUAACUGUUACCUAAGCAACCACAAUGCUAACAAGCACCAAAACUAAAAUGUAGUUUAGUUUAUUUAUUUAAUGAGACAGGGACAAUCUACAUUCACCUUAACAGGAGAGAUGCUUUGUACCAAGCUGUAGCACCAGUGCUCAUUUCCACGUGUCGUCCCUGAGCCGGUUGAUCUUAUAGUUCAUAAAAUCAAACAUACAAAGGGAAUAUUUAUAAUAUCCAAAGCAUCGUAAUAAUUUUGUAUCAUCAUUCACAUCCAGUUCUCUCAGCAUCUUAAAAUCAUCAUCUUUAUCAAAAUCAUCAUUCAGUUCAUUCACUCCAGAAAAUCACACUCAUCAGUCCACAUUAUGGGUGCAGGUUUGGUUUGAAAGGAGACACUGUUUCACCAGCAGUGUUGAGAGUAACACGUUAUAAAAGUAAUAAAUUACUGUAAUGCAUUGGUUUUUACUGGAACACAGUAAUGUAAGGCAUUAGAGGGAAAAAAAUGUCAUAUUUUAUAUUUUUAAAUGUGAGCAACGCACAUUAUGCAUUUUUAACCUGGAUUGAACUGGUGGGAUUUUUCUUUUUUCUUCAUACAAAUUCGCUAAAAUCACUGUGAUAUCAGCAGCGGUGAAACGCCAAAAUUAAAGUUCUGAAUGUCGAGCCGUCCCAGAGGUGCACCCGCGGAGACCAUCGGGUAACUGUGGCUGAAAGGACCGAUGCAAAACUCCACGCUCUACGGGGCUAAACGCAGCUGACGCCUGAUCGCGCUUUGUGGACACUCUGCUCCGCGGGCUCAGGGUUCUCUCUCGGGGGUUCUCGGGAUUCCAAGUCCUAGUCCAAGAUUAGUCCUGGUUUAGUCCUGGUUUAGACCUGGUUUAGACCUGGUUUAGUCCUGGUUUGGUCCUAGUUUAGUCCUGGUUUAGACCUGGUUUAGACCUGGUUUAACUCGGGUUUAGACCUGGUUUAGACCUGGUUUAGACCUGGUUUAGACCUGGUUUAGUCCUGGUUUAGACCUGGUUUAGUCCUGGUUUAGACCUGGUUUAGUCCUAGUUCAGUCCUCCUGGUUCAGUCCUGGUUUAGUCUUGGUUCAGUUCAUAUACGGCACAAAAGAUCAGCAUCUUUGCAGUUAUUUUGGUGAGAGUAACUUAAAAGUGCUGCAAUAGUUGUGUAAUGUUUUACAUUUUAAAUACAGUAUUACAAUAUUGUAAUGUAACAAAUGACUUUGAAAUGACAGUAACAAGUCAUAAAUAACACAUUACAGUUUUAAAGUAACUUACCAGGCGUCUGCCAGGCAUGAAAAAGUGCCAUAGUUUGUCUACAUGUCAUCGACACAGAUAAAUAUAAAUUACAACACCUUUAUUUGGUUAAAUUGGUGUUUUAUCUGUCAGAAAAAAAUGCCUUUCUUUUCUUGGAUGGAAUUUCCAGUGUUGAUGACAAAGGUGGAGGGAUUCUCUUAUAGAACUUAGCGCUGCUUCCUGAUUUUCUUUUACAUUUCUCUUUAAUUUUUUCCCUCAAACUGCCACCUGCCUGAUGCUAAACUAUGAUACAAAUAAUAACAUGAAAACCUGUCAUAUGCACUUUAUUUGUCAGAUUGCAGAUUUGUUGCCCUGGUUUAGGGUUAAUAUUUCUGUAAAAACUGUGUCUGUCCCAUAAACUGUGUAAAGAAAUGGACUAAAGGAGUGUCACCCAUAGUGUUCAGCUCCAGUCAAAUGAAGUCACAAGUCCUAAAAUGAAUAUGGCAAAUGUGUGAAGCCAGUCCCAAACAUUACAGGUCCCCACCCUCCAUCUGAAAUUACAACAUCAUGAAAUUCUACGAAAACAUGUCGCAACCAAAUUACUGCUGAGCUCCAUAAUGUGGUUUCUUCAUCUAAAAAUGUGCCACUAAAAUAAGUUUUUUUUUUAUACACACGCAUGUUCGAGUUAAUUUGCUUCUUCAGCCUGCUUUUUUCUUCUGGGCUUAAAACACUUGGUCCCACUUAUGACAUCAUUAAGUGAACAUCCAAAAAGUGUGCUUUGAACUUUUGAACUCCAUUCACGUUCAUCUCCUCAACCAAGAUCCAUCUCUUUGAAGCAAACAGCAGCUAUUGUAUUUAGCCUAAUUUGAACUGUUUCACUUGUUUCUAUAUGUAUGAAAACUAAAGCCAGUGUCCAAUUUGUCACUUGUUGCAACUUAUUAAAAAUCAAAUCAAAUCAAAUACACAA